UAGAGCACAUAAUGAAUUUGGUGUUCCUCUCUAAUAUCCAUGGACAAAAGAUCCUUUGUUUCCUGCGGUGUUAAGUCGAUUACAUGUAGACUAGAUUCACAUAUGACAUGCUAAACUUGACACAAACAAAGAGCUAGUGACAAAUGGAAUAAGUGGGAGAUCAAUUGAAGCAGAAGAAGAGAACAGCAAUGAGCAAAUGGAGCCUUCUCAGAUCCGCAUUUCUUUCACCAUUCUCUCGCAGUCGCGACGAACAGCCUCGUCUACCGCCGAAUCCAAUUCCACCUCCAGAUGCGGAAAUGCUUUCCCAGCCUCAAUUGUCCUCCAGAGAAGAAGAGAUACAAGCGGAGCCUCAUGAAAGCAUCAGAGAAGAGAAGAUGGAGCCAGAAGAGGAGGAGUCUUCUCUACAAGCACAGUCGCAGAAGCCUCGACAAAAGCGAUGGCGAUUUUUGAAAGCAGUUUUCAAUGUGCUUUCGCUGUACUGGAAGCGGCAGUCUUCUUCUAAACCUGCUCUUGAUGGACAGACACUGAUUCCAGAAGAAAAGAGGGAGGACAAAAAAGAAGAAUUGCACCCAGAAUGGUCUCAGAUGGAUGCGAGGCUAGAGAAGAUCCUCGAAGAAGAAAGCGCGAGGCUACUUAACCGUGAAUUCAAUCAAUUGACUGACAUAGAAAAGCAAUGUCUGCAGUGCUUUUCUGUGUUCGAGCCUGGUUCGAAAAUCAAGAAGCAGAUCAUGAUAUAUUGGUGGAUCGGGGAGGACUUUGCCAAUUCUUCACCAGAUCAUAAAACUGCAGAGGAAGUCGAAGAACAACGCUUUCAACGACUCGCUGAUCUUGGUUUCAUCGAGCCCAUCGGCAACAGCUGCACCAGCACAAUCCAUGAGUGCCGAGUUCAACCCUUUGUUCACUGGAUGAUCAAGAAGAAGGCAAGAGAAGCUUCUUUCUGUGUCUUGGAUGAGACAGGUAUGCCGCCUGCUGAACUAUCUAAAUCCCCCCGUCUAUGUCUAACUUCAGAAACAGAACUAUCUUCGCCUUCUUCUGUUAGUGAUAGCAGCGUAGGAGCAGGUAAAACCGAAAAACCGACAGUAGUAGUGUUCAAUGUUAGCAAGCAAACUUAUCGCUCGCAAUUGGACGAGUUCCUCAAUAUUAAAAGCCUAGUCGUGCUUCAGCUUGGCCGGUGGCACGGCGAUGCUAAGUACCAUAUUGAGGUAGAAGGUUUUGAAGACUUGAACAACAUUGGUCUUCUCACGAACCUCCGGUACCUCGGGUUGCAAGGCUUGUCUGGGCUGACUGCACUUCCCCCCAAGAUUAAAGAGCUAAAAAAUUUGCUUAUCUUAGAUUUGAGAGGGUGCCAAUACUUGGAGAAGGUGGGCAAGUAUGCUACAUAUUUGAAAAGAUUGACGCGUUUAGAUUUAACGGAGUGCUACUUGCUAGAGCACAUUGCCGGUGGAUUUGGAUCCCUCUCGGAACUCCAAGUAUUCAAAGGGUUCGUGUUUGGUGGAUCAAGACGUACGAACCGAUGCAGAUUGAAGGAGCUAAGCAAGUUGAGGAAGUUGAGGAAACUUAGCAUAAACAUAACAAGCGACGCGCACAUCGAAGACAAUGAAAUGACUGUGUUGAGCAACUUUUCAAGUGUACUAUCUCUUACAAUAACAUGGGGUGAGAUACCGACAAUCGGUGAUUCUACAACCAAUUCCAUUGCAAAGAAAUGGAAGACGCUUACGCUUCCUCCGAGUGUCGAAAAGUUUGAUAUGCGGUGCUUCCCUUAUGAAAAAAUGCCGAAUUGGUUUGAUAAGGCUCAGAAUUUAAAAAGACUAUAUAUUAGAGGAGGAAUACUUCAGACCCUUGACCCUGAAGAUGAAUCGAGUGCAACCGGCAUUUCUUAUCGGAGCAUUGAAAGAUUGCGUCUAAAAUAUUUGGAUGCUUUUGACAUGGAAUGGUCAAAAAUAAGAGAUAUGAUGCCAAAAUUAGAUCGGUUAGAGCUUGUCAAGUGUGAGAAGCUUAAGUGGCCUCCUCCAUUGGAUCAGAAUCAUGUUUGGAUUAGAGAUGAAAAAGAUGAGGAAAGGAAGACCGUCGCUCCUAGUCCUACAGCUCCAGAUGAUGCUUCUACAUCCGCAGCUGUUCCUCCAAGUGAUGCGAAACCGGCUCUUCAAGGAUCUCCUACUAAAGAAGCUGGCACUGAAGCUGUUGGUGUUCCUAAAGAAAAUAUUACCCCAGAAACUGCUCCUGAUGAAACUGCUAUGGGUGACGAUGCCGCUGAAGCUGCUGCUGCUUCUGAUGAAGAAAUCACCACUGAACCUGCUGAAGGAACUGCUGCUGCUUCCAAGGAAGAAACUACCACUGAACCUUCUCUUCAUCGAUCUCCUACCGAUGAAGCUGCGGCGGAAACUGUUGCUGCUUCUGAGGAAGAAGGCGGAGAAAUAGAAGAAGAAGAAAAAGAAGAAGCUACCGCCGAAACUGCUGUUGCUUCCAAGGAAGAAACUGACAAUAAACCUGAAGAUCUUCAUGGAUCACCUACUACUGAAGCUACGACCGAAACUUUUGCUGCUUCCAAGGAAGAAAAUAUCACCGAAACUACUCAUCGUCAAACUCCAACUGAUAAAACUAGCCCCAAAUUUGUUGUUCCUCCUGAUGAAAUAAUUACCGCUGAACCUGCUCUUCAAGAUCUUAGUGCUGCCUCAACAUCAGCUGUUGCUAACCCCACAAAUAACUCCAGCACCAAUGCUGCUACAGAAGCUCCAUCAAAUCCCAGCAUAGUUCCUGCAACUUCUCCUCCUGGUGCUACUAUUGGUGAUGGAGAAGGCAACCCUUGACCAAACUCACCGUGAAACUUCUGACGCAAAUGAAAAUUGUUCUCUGCUUUUCUUUACAUUCUUCUGUUUCUGUCAAUUACUGAGCUGUGUCUACUUGUAAUUCGCCUUUCAAAUAAGAACUUCAAAGUUCAUAUCUGUAUCAUCACCUAUUCUUCUUAAUCUUGUAAUAUUGACUCUGUUAAGAGUUCAUGCAAUACUCUGCACAUUACUUCA